UUUCAGUCGCUUUCGGUCCGUCAAAGCGGGAGGAGUGCCACCAGGAGUCAACUUAUCUUCCAGUUCAAUUGAAAUUAGAAAAAAAAACCAAGAACUCGAGACGUCAUGGGUACUUUCAGUAAACAGGCUGACAGCAAUUGGGAAAAGAAACUUGCCCUCCUCUCAAGAGUAGUCGUCAAAUACAACAAGGAGUUGGACACGCGGGUGAACUUCCCUGCGCUGCAGAAGGCCAUCGAUGCCAUCGACGAAGCCAUGCUGGGGUACCAGGGUGACGCCAAGAAGGAGCUGGACAAGGUCCGAGCCUUGAACACGACGGCGCGGCGCACCUAUGAGAAGUGUGUGGGCUUGAUUUUUGAGUGGGCUGUCUCGGCGUCGAAUACGUUCAAGACCGUCCUGCCCGUCAUCCGGGUCAAGGAUUUGUCCAAGGACGACAGAGACAUCUUGUACACAAUAGUCUCCGAGUCGGUCACGAAGGGUGUGCAUAAAAUAGCAGCCUCCCUUGAACUAUUGGAGGAUGUCCUUAAGAAUGCAUCCGAGCUGAGCGACCUGUUCAAGUCCAUCGAGCACAAGGUCCACGAUGACUUCCAUUCGGAGAGUGGCUACUACUGGAAGCAGAAAGAGGAGCUGGAGAAUAAAACCCACGAAAUCCAUAGAGGACGAACUGCCCUAAUUUUUGGAGGUAUUGGUGCCAUCUUUACGGCCUUGGGCGCCAUAAUAUUCGGACCGAUUGGGGCUGCUGUUGGCUUGGCAGCCGGAGUGGCGGUGGCCUAUGGAGUGAAGACCCUGGUGGAGUGGAACGAGAGGAAGGACCCCAAGGAACAACUGAAGGGCAUCCAGUGUUGUUUCGAAAUCAUAACGAAAAAAAUCAAGGACGCCCAAAAGGUGCUACGCGACAUAAUAGGAGCCCUCGAGGAAGAUCGCAGCAACGUAAUCGUCCUUAAAGGGACUUGUGACAGUGCAGACCAAGACAAGGCCUUAUUGAAGAUGCAGAGCACGGUCGCCCGGAACCAGUUCGCUGACAACUUGAAGGAGUUACAGAAACAGUGCGAAGAUUAUGCCAAGUGGCACGGAUACGCAGCCGGGAAAUGAUUGCCCUGGAGUUCCCGGAUAACUUGGAUAGCCGGCUGCCCCUGUACUUCCCAUCCGGAAGCCAUACAAAUAAAUAAUUAAUAAAUAGCUGUGUCUGCGUAGCCUUCCUGGGGGAAGGCUGGCUCCAGAGAUCCUCUGAA